AUGCUUAGAGGCAAUUACCAACGUGAAAGAGAUGCAAAAGACACGGACAUAUUAGAAAUACAAGCACUGAUUGAAUUGCUUUAUUUAUCUGGGGUAUUGAAAUCUAAUCGACUUAACAUUGAGGAAAUAUGGACACAGAAUGGUACUGGCGUCGAGCUUUUUCGACUAACGAUGUCCCAAUGUCGAUUUCGAUUUCUGUUGGAUCAUUUACGUUUUGAUGAUUUGGUAACUAGAGACGAACGAAAACAGACUGACAAGCUAGCCGCCAUUCGGACAGUGUUUGAUACAGUUGUUGGUAACGUUGAAUCAGCCUAUACACCUUUUGAAUGCCUAACAAUAGACAAGAUUAAGCUAGAAGCAUUUCGGGGGCGUUGCAACUUUAGGCAGUAUAUACCUAGCAAACCCAAUAAAUAUGGGCUAAAAAUAUUUGCUAUGGUAGACGCCAAGACUUUCUACACCUGCAACAUGGAGGUUUACGUAGGAAAGCAGCCUGAAAGUCCAUUCCAAGCGAGUAAUUCUUCCACUGCAGUGGUGCAGAGAUUGUGCCAAUCAAUAAAAGGAACCUGUCGUAAUAUUACAGUUGACAACUGGUUUACCAGUAUGGAGCUACUCAAUUCCCUUCAGUCCGAUUUCAAGCUAACUUUAUUAGGUACAGUUAGAAAAAACAAAAGGGAAUUGCCACCUGAAUUUUCGAAUCCUUUGGGUCGUCCACUUUUAUCGUCCAUGUUCGCCUUUCGUCAUAACUGUACUUUAGUAUCAUAUACACCAAAAAAAGAAAAAAAACGUGCUGGUUUUAUCAAGUAUGCAUUUUGA